CUUCCCCUUACUGCUCCGUACCUCCUCUGCCCCCGGCAGAUAUCAACUCCGAGUAUUCUUGUCCUUCUCUUCUUCGUCUCAUGUCCCGAGUCUCUCUCUCCUAGGUGGUUCACCUUGUCCCUUCAUCUUUGCUCUUGGAGGUCUCGGCCCCGACACGCUCGUUUCUCACUUCUUCGUCGCUCCCUAUGAUUCUCGGCUCUAUUGCUCCCCCACAGGAGCCGCACUCCUACCGCCGUAGACAUACACCAGCUGCUUCUUUCCUGUAGCCGUGAGGCUCCCACACUCGUUUUCACUUAAUCCACCCCGAGAGAAGAUCAUAUAUAAUGUCCGAAACUGCCUCCCAGACCGCCGACUCGACCACGCCCAAGGCUAGCGCUCCCAAAGACAAAAACUGCCCAUACUGCGGGCAGGCUUUCACCUCGUCCUCGCUUGGCCGCCAUCUCGACCUGUACAUCAAGGAGAAGAACCCCAAACCCCCGGAUGGCCUCCACGAUGUCGACGCCAUUAAGAAGCUUCGAGGAGGCAUCACCAGACGCCAACCUCGAGGCUCGAUGGGCGGCAGGCGAGAAGCCUCGACCCCUAUCGGCACACCCAAGCCCUCGGCAUCGAAGGAUACUCCCGUCCCGGAAAAUGACGGAUACAAGUCCCCCGCGCUUCCGAAGGAUGGCCAGUUUGUGGUGGAUUCCAGCUUUAAAUACCCCUUUCAGCCGACAUGGGAAGCAACGGGUGUUAUGAAUGACAUCCCGAAGAAGGGUAGUUGGGAAGGGGACGCUACUCCUGAGCCCAUGAAGCGCCCAGGCAUGCAGCGAGCCGUGAGCAAACAAGCCAUUCAGAAGGCCCAAUUCGAUGUAAAGCAUAAAUUGACUGAUGCCAUUGAUACCGCCCGCGCUGCUGAGUUGGCAUUGCGAGAAUUGCUCUCCUCUUGGCGAGCAGCUAGAUUGCAGCUCGAUACCAACUCCAUGCCCUUCGACUUCGACCCCCUGUCCCUUGACUUCCCUGCCUUGACGCUUCAAUGCCUCCAGCCGCCCCCGACCCUUUUCUCUUCAACCCAGCACCCGACCUCAACCUCAUGGUCUGUCCAGUCACCAGGACAGCGCGAGUUCGAUGCCCUUCGAUCAUACUUCCAGGCGGAGUUCCGAGCCUGGAAGUUGACGUGUACUUCAGCGACUUCUUCUGCCGCCGAAGAAUCGACAUACCCCCCUAACAUGGGCCCUUAUCGAGACCUACGUGAGGCAGUCCGAAACGCAGAACAAACCGCCGAGAAUCUCGAGGCACAGGUCAAUGAGCAUCUGCAGUCUGCAUACACAGUUUGGGAUUCAUUACCUGUUGCACGACGCCAAGAGCUCUGGAUUUUAGAACUGGCACGGAGCGUUGGCAGAAAACACAAAGAGACGGAGAAGAUGAAACAGGAGCAACACAAACUGAAGCAGGAGAACGCCAACCUCAAGUUGCAACUUGAGCAGCUGAACCGACUACAACAACCCCGAGAAUUCAAAAUUUCGCAACCAAUCACGGUACCAAUGGAACGGGAGCUCCUUACUGCACUACUCGAGCAAGGCGCCAAGGGUGGAAAGGGGAUGGGCUUUGGCUUGGAGGACACCCAGGUUGAGUUGAGCUCAAUUGUGUCAAAAUCUAUUGAGCGUUGGAAAAAGGUCAUCGCAUCCACACGGGCCAGCGCGACUGGUAUGAACGCCCAAAGGCCGUUGGAUCAGACGGUACAGCCGAUUGGAGGAGCCACCAUUAAUGGGCAUACACAACCUACACCCAAGGUUCAAACGCCAGUACCACCUCCACAGGUGCAAACUCCCCAACAGGCGGUGCUGCCGCAGCCGCAGAAACAACCACAGCAACAACCACAGCAGCCGCAGCCGCAGCCGCAGCUUAAGCGAUUAUCCACAGCGAGCACAACUGGCGGCAUGAGUGAACAAACCACGGGCUCAACCACGACGACUGCUCCACCCUCGAUCGAAGAAAUGAGUGACCAGGAUGCUGAUGCUGAGAUGGAGGACGACGAUAGCUUCGCCAUAAUGAAUCCAUCACCGGUCAAACCUCCUCCACCUAUGCAGCAGCAGGCUACACUUGAAGUUCCUCGGACGAGAGCACCCAUCCAACAACGCACAAACCCGGACCCACGAUUCAUGAUGCCAAAUGGCAAUGGCAGCCCCGUGGGAAGGGCAGCAAUUGCGAUGAGUCGGUCGAUGCCUAACAUGAACAUGGCUAUGCAAACUAGUGCAAUGCACGGGGGCGAUAUGGGUAUGGCGAUGCAAGGAGUGCGAGGGGAUCCCAUGUAUAUGGAAUGAGACGCCAAUGUGACACCAGGUAUCAGAGCCUCCGUCGCGGGGUGUGGUGGUUGCUUGUAGGGCUGACAAAGAUAUUUUAAUGACCAAAGACUCACAGAGCGUAGUUUGGCUUGCUCAUGAUGUGUUAAUACGAACACUAUUGUACAUUGG